AUGGCGCAGAGCGGGAAGGAUGCGAUCCUCGCCGCGGCGCGUCGCAUCGCCGAGCUCGACUCGGACGACGACGAUACCGCCGACGACGGGGACUGGGCCAACUGGGGCGGGAUCGACUGGAAGAACCUCGACGUUGACGACGAGGCUGAGGAACACGCGGCGAGGGAAACCUCGGCGGAGUCCGAGGCGAGGACAGCGGAGGCGCUCGGCAUACCCCUCCGCCUCGCGAGAUGGCUCGCGAGGCACAAGGGCGGCGACGUGCGCCGAGCGUUCCACGUCGCCACCAGGAACCGCUCCACCGGCGCGCCCACCCCGGACGCCGACGGAACCAUCGCGCUCGGCAACCGGCGCCCCAAGUACGUCCCUCUCGAGGAGCGCAUCGUCGCGGUUAAACCCGCGGCGAUGCCCACGAAACGCCCCGAGGACUUCGAGGCGCUGAGACACGCGAAAGACGCGCGCGAGCGGACGGAGGCGAGGCGAAGGGAGGUGGCGGCCGGCUGCGCGAGGGCCAUCGCCGAGGAACAGAAGAAAGAAAACGUCGCGAUGACCCCAGUCGCGAGGGCGGCGGUGGCGCAGGCGCUGGUCUCGAGGGAGCAGAGACCGGACCGGGCGCCAGGGGCUGGACCCGCGGGGAGACACGAACCCUCCGUCGUCGGGGCGCGCAGACCGGUGGACGCGACGUCCGCCGUCGGAGCCAACGUGAGCGCGGUGAUGUCGUUGAUGGGUGUGGGCGCGGCGGCGGGGGCGGACAGGCGCGCCGCGGGUACCCCCGGGUCGGCGAACGAACCGGCGAGGAGGAGGCUGACCGGCGCUGAGCGCGCGGCGGCGGACAACGCGCUGCUCCGACUCCUUCCACCCGGCGAGCGCCCGCUCGUCACCAACUUAUUGUCGGCUCCGUCCGCGGCGUCUAAGAUCCCCAAGCCGACGCGGCAGCAAACCUUGGACGGUUUCGCCGCCGCCGCGCUCCGCGCCGAGGCUCGAACGCGAUUCGACGGCGCGGACCCGGACGCGACGUGGAUCAGGGCGCACGCGAAGGCAGUCCGACGCGCGAUGACGCGCGCGGUGGACGCGGAGUCGCGAGUCGCCGCGAGGGCCGGGAGUAAGGCUACGUACCGGAACCUAUCGGCGCAGGCGCUUCGAGUCGUCGACGUCGGCGAGGUCGCGGGUUCGAACCCCGGCGGGGACGGGGACGGGGACGGCACGGGCGAGUGGGACCGAAACGACGCCGUCGACCCCGCGGACAGGGACGCCGUGGCUUUCGCGAACGACGUCGCCGCGAGGUCGAGGCGGAUCGGCGUUGAAUUGACGCCCGUCGGCCUCGCGGGUCCAAAGCCCGGCGCGCUUCUUCAGGGGUACAGGCGACCCGCCGCGGACGCCGUUCGUCUCGCGGACGCGCGGGUGGUCCGGGGCGACGCCGCGGUGGCGUUUUUCACGGUGGCGGCGAGGCUCGCGAGGCCGGUGCUUCGGCUCUGCGAUCGUGCGAGGGGGAUGCUGGAGCGGCGGCGGGCGGCGGCGAAGCGGGGCGCGGGGGAGGAGGCGCUCGGCGGCGGCGCGGGGAAGAGGGCCGGGCUGACGGAGACGACCGAGGGCAAGAGGGCCAGGCUGACGGAGACGACCGAGGGCGAGAAGGCCGCGGUGGACGAAGGGGCGAUCCCCGGGCGGCCGCACGUGGUCGCCGCGGUGCGCGCGUUCGUCGACGCGUACAUGGAACCCCUGGUGGAUGUCGGCGCCGUCAAAGCACCCGCGGCUCGGACGAUUGCGAGAAAGGCGACGGCCAAGGUGAUGGCGAAGCACGAGCGAGCCAAGGACGCCGCGCCGAUACUCGCGAGGGAAUCGGACGCGAUCAAGAAACUGGUCAAGGCGUACGUGCGGCGAGGGCAGAAGGAGGGCGGACGCGGUGGGAACGAGCCGCCGGCGAGGGAGGCAAAGGGAUGCCAAGGUGGGUUCAGAUGGGACGACGACGUCUGGUGA